UAAAUAUAGAAGUAUAUACAUAUGUGUAAAUAUAUAUAAAGUCGAAAAUGAGUGAAUAUGAAACCGUCAAGCAACGAAGCGUAUUAAAGGCGAAAGCGCUCGCGGAGGCAUCUCAGUUGAACACUGGAGGCUGGGGCUGUCGUAAUACGAGGCGUGGCAACAUCUACAUAAUGAUCGCCUUGACACUCAUGCUGCUGCACAUACUGCUGCUGCCCCUCUACAUCUACCUCACCUGGCAUCACAAGUACUGGAGCAAGCGUGGCUUGAUCACAGCGAAGCCCCUCACUUUGCUGGGCACCUAUCCCGGACUGCUCACGCGCAAGCGCAAUCUGGUAGUGGAGGUGCAGCAUAUCUACAAUAAGUACAAAGGUAAACAUCGCGCUGUGGGUGUUUUUGUUACGAGAGAGCCCCAAAUCCUGGUGCUCGAUCCGCAGCUGGCCCAUGAGAUCCUCGUGCGCAAUUUUCGCUGCUUUAAGGACUCUUUGACCAGCUCCUAUAUGCAGCAUGCCAAGUGGGAUAAGUAUGCCAAACGAAAUCCCUUCUGGGCAUCCGGCGACACCUGGCGACGUCUGCGCUCAGACGCCCAAGCGGGCCUAUCGGCGAAUCGUCUAAAGCGCGGCUACGCCAUUUGGGAGCAGAGCGGCAGGAAGUUGACCAACUACAUGGCGGAGCGUUUGUCCAAUUAUCCGUUGGAGACCAGAGAUCUCUGUUUUCGGUAUACAGCCGAUGUGAUGUGUGAUUUUAUCUGGGGCAUCGAUGCUGGCACCUUGACCCAACACUCGGGGGAGCCCAACAAGGUGCAGCAGAUGGCCAGCAAAUGGACCAGCUAUGCCUUCUAUAUGAUCUCCGUGUUUAUGGCAUCUAUGAUGGCUCCGUUUAGUCGGCUGCUCUUGCGUUUGCGCUUCUAUCCCAAGGAUACGGAUGAGUUCUUCUCAAACCUAACCAAGGAAUCGAUUGACUUGCGCUUGAAGACGGGUGAAGAGGUGCAGCGUGUAGAUUACCUAUCGCAUCUGCUCAAGCUGCGUGACGAGAAGAAUGCCUCGCACGAUGAUCUGGUGGGACAUGCCUUAACCGUGAUGCUGGAUGGCUACGAUACCACCGGCUCAGCGCUCCUUCAUACGCUCUAUUAUCUAUCCGAGUUUCCAGCGGUUCAGCAAAAGCUGCGCAUGGAGUUGCGCAACAAUACGGAAAAUGACAAAUCUCUAAGCUACGACAGGAUAUGCCAGCUGCCCUACCUGGAACAGGUUGUCUACGAAUCCUUGCGCCUGAGCAGUUUGAUACCUCAAUACACGAAAAUCUGCACAGAAACCACUUUCAUACAGUUGAGCGAGGACAAGCGCUUGCAGGUGGAGAAAGGCAUGACCAUUAUGAUACCCAAUUAUCAAUUUCAUCACGAUCCCAAGUACUUUCCCGAACCGGAGGCCUUCAAGCCGGAGCGUUUCGAUAAUGGGGAGCAUCUCAAGCUGAUACAACAGGGCAUUCUGUUGCCGUUUAGCGAUGGGCCGCGCAUAUGCAUGGGUAUGCGUCUGGCGUUACUAACAAUCAAAUCAGCCCUGUUUCACAUCCUCAACAACUAUCAAAUUGUGCGAAGCAAGCGGAAGAUAGUCACGGACGGCGACUCGGGCUUUGGUGUCGUUCUACAAGGUGAUAUCAAUUUGGAAUAUCGUCGCUUCGUUCAAUAGAAUUCAGUUUUCAACGAACAUUACCAUAUGCGAAUCCAAUAUACUUAUCGCGUGUGCGGAGCCUCUUAAAGUGAUUAGAUAUAGAUAAGUGUUUCGAAGUGUCUCAACUCAACUGUUGUUGUGUCAGCAAAAUUUGUUUCAGUUUUCGUAGGGCCCAUUGAUUUGUAAUAAAUUGU